AUGCCGUCGCGCCAAAUUCACUGGGACAGUGAUUCCCCUGACUGGAGUCCGCCGCCGGAAAAGGACCAGCUGUUUUCGCCCUCGCCGUCGAGAAACAAUGUUAACCGCGGGCGUCGCCGAAGCGCGCGCGCCCUCGUCGGCCUUGACACUGAAAGACCAAUGAAAAAUCACUUCCCCGGAGCCGAGAAACUGCUUUGGUCCCGCAUACGAACGACGCUACAGGAGCCUUUUGCGGAAUUUCUUGGUGUUAUGGUCUUGACUUGCUUCUACGUCGGUAGCAUCGCACAAGCAACACUGAGCACUGGUCAGGAAGCUUCUCCAGGCGGAGCUGGUUAUGGCACCUUCAUGUCGGUUCCAUGGGGGACUGGUAUCGGAGUCAUGCUUGGUAUUUACAUUUCUGGUGAUUCCGGGUCAUAUUUGAACCCUGCCAUUACUAUUUCGAACUGUAUAUUCCGAGGUUUGCCAUGGCGGGCGGCGCCUGCAAUUCUCCUAUCUCAGUUUCUUGGGGCCUUCGUUGGAUCUGGUAUCAUCUACGGAAACUACAUCUCUGCUAUUGAUUGGUAUUCUGGCUAUGGCAUGCGGACACUACCGCCCAUGCAAAAAUCCACGGCCCAGAUCUUUGCCACAUAUCCGCAAACAUUCGCGCCGAGAUCUACGCAGGUGUUCUCGGUUGCGAUUCCAAGCGCGCUUAUCACCACAGUCAUUUCUGCCCUCAAGGAUGACUACAACAACGGUAUCUCCAAAGCGGGUGGUAACUUCUUUCCUCUGGCAAUGUUUUUCCUUUUCUACGGAGUCGGUAUCGCGUUCGGUUGGGAGACUGGCGGUGCUGUCAAUCCAGCGCUUGACUUCGCUGGUCGUCUCAUGUCCCACGCCAACGGUUACGGAGGCGAAGUUUGGAAAUCAUCCGGCUAUUAUUUCUGGAUACCUAUGAUCAUUCCAUUUAUAGGAACCAUAUUCGGUGCCUUCUUGUACGACCUAUUCAUCUUCACUGGGCCUAGUCCGCUCAAUACGCCCUGGCUAGGGUUGAAGCGUCUUGGAAGACGUGACAUUAUGGCAAGGAACAAGCAAGAAAGACGAGACCAACGAAAUGACGAAAGUACCACCGAAGUUUAG